CUCCCCCCCUCCUCCUCCUCCUCAGACGGUGAAGGAGAAGGCUGCAGACUGAGCGCGCUGCACUCCGCCGUGCGUCCGCGUCUCUCUCAGCCACCAAGUGCCCAAAGCACCGAUCCUUCCCGAGACCGAGACCGAACCGAACCGAGCCUCCACCUCCUGCACCCUCGCCACAUCUCACCGCUGUCCUGCAGCGAUGGAGCCGUGAAGCAGUCACUGACCAAGUGUCCAGAGGAGCGCGUCAACCCACGGAUACACAGCGCGGAUCAAGCGGUUAUGGAGGAGCAGCUGACGGAGGCUGGAAUCUAGACGCGAACCGAGAGCGGAUUUUAAACCCCCUCACCGCCUUCGUUACAGACACAGGGACUUUAUUUAUUUAUAUUUCUCUGAGACUCAUCGCCACUGCUCCAGGAUGCAGGGGAAGGAAGGAUGCUGGAGGCUGAAGCUGCGGCUGCUGCAGCUGCUCUGCUGCGUCCUGGCUCUGCGCUCCGUGCACGGAAAUGUUGCCACGACCAAUGUCACUGAGCCGGGAAUCACGGCCAAUGUUACCUCCCUUCUCAACGAGGAGGAGGGACCUGCCAAGGUCGAUACUAUUAUUGCCACGGUUACUACAAUGAGCAGCUCAGUCAGUCCUGAAAAGAUCAACACUGUGACCCUGCGUGCGGGCCGUAUCCCCCGCGCCGGCGAGGAGGAGGAGGAGGAGCAGAGCAGCGGCAUGAUUGGUGAAUCAGUGGUUCCUGUGGUGGAGGAAGUUGGCGUUGCAGACCCGCCUCAGCUCACUCCUGAUUCUGCUGAGACGGAGCUCCUGCUUCCGAGCAACCCUCAAAAAACAGAUGCCACACAGGGUGAGGAGGAGGAGGAGGAAGAGGAUGAACCGCACACUGACCCGCCAUGGAUCUACGCCAAAGACACAGCUGUGUUUGACCUGGACCAUCUUUUCACCACCACUGCCCCGCCCCCAGCUACCUCCAUCCCCUCUAAUGCUGAUGUCCUCCACGUGGACUUCUUUGACCCCUCCUCUCGUGGGCGCAACCUGGACCUGGCCCCUCCCUCCCCUUCAUCCCUGGCCCAUGAGUUGCAGGGUGCCGACCCAACCUCCUGGGCUAUGCCAGAUAACUAUGACUACCUCACGCCCUAUGAAGACGGUGUGUCCCCCACCGCUGAUGAGUACACCUACAGCACCACAACUGAGGCCUACGAGAGCGAUGAAGAUCUCCGACUGCCAGAUGGGUUCCCGGAUCGCUCCAGGCCUCGGGUGCCAGUGUCCAGCUCCUUCGUCCCCGGAGUGGCGGGAGCUCCAGUGCCAAAAAUCCCUGUAGCGGCUCCUCCUGCAGCCUUACCAGUGGAUGGCUCAGAUGGGUUGGGCGGAUGCCGUGCGGGCUACCAAAUGUUGAAUGGAAGUUGCCGCUCUCCCUGUGACAUGCUGCCCAACUACUGUUUCAACGGAGGACAAUGUUACCUGCUGGAGGCAACUGGAGUCUUCUGCAGGUGCAACGUCCAGGAUUACAUCUGGCACAAGGGCGCCCGCUGCGAGUCGGUGGUGACCGAGUUCCAGGUGAUGUGUCUGGCCGUGGGCGCCUCGGCCCUGGUGCUGCUGCUGCUCUUCAUGAUCGUCGUCUGCUUCGCCAAGAAGCUCCACGUGCUCAAGACGGAGAACAAGAAGCUGCGCAAGCGCAGUAAGUACCGGCCUUCAUCGGAGCAGCACAAUGAUAAUUUCUCGCUGUCCACCAUCGCUGAGGGCUCCCACCCAAAUGUAAGGAAACUGUGCGACACCCCUCCUAACGUCCCUCAUGCCCGUGCAUUGGCUUACUAUGAUAACAUUAUCUGUCAGAAAACCAUGAGCAGAUACACCUGGGAGUGUAAGACCAAAGAGGAGUCCGACUGCGAGGACGAUCCUAAUUCCCAGAACAAGCUGGAGGACGCGGUGAAGGCUCCGCCCAAGGAGGACGACUCCCUCAACAUCCACAACUCUCUGACCCCCAAACACGAGAACCACAAGCUCCUGGGCGAGGAGAACUCGUCGGAGGUAAACUCACUGCAGAACAACAUGAUGUGAAAACAAAACAAAACACAAAACAACAACAACAAGGUGCGCCGGCAACUGGAAGCCCCUCCCCCUAAAAUAUAACCCCCUCCCCUCCCUGCUCUCCGUGUAUGUCCGCUGCCGAGUGCACCUAACCGGUCAGCCAACCAACCAACAACCAGCCUGCCAACAUACCAGCCAACCAACCCAGUCUGCAACCGUCUCUGACACGGCAUCACUGCCACCAAGCGGCCCCGGCUGCUGAAAAACCAACACCACCACCACCACUGCUGUCACUGCCCAAGCUGAGAAUAACCCCGCCUCCUGCCAGCCUCAUCCUGCUGCUUCCCUGUAACCCCCACACCCCCACCUUACAUCCACUCACUCCCCUGUUUUGCGGCCCCGUCCCCCUUAAUGCUGUCACUCUACUGCCCCCUAUCUCUCCUACCUACACACACACACACACUAUAGACUGUAUAUAAAAGUGCACGUUAUCUUCCGGUUUGAAAACAAACUCCCAUUUUGAAGCUUUGAUAUUCGUUAUUAUUGGACGAUUCCGGAUGUCCUCCAAACGGGAACAAAUUGACAUCACAUGGCUUUGAGGAGGACGUGAAACUAUAGCAAUUGAGACCGUCGACUCCUCAGGAAAAAUAUUUACUGAUGUUAUAAAUCAAGUGAGAAAUAAUUACAUUUUUCCCCCCAUUUUGGAGUUAUGGCGCUUUUCCACGGCACGGUUCUGGCACGGCACAAGAUAUUCAUACAUUUCCUUUGCUAAAUGUUGGAGAUUAAUGUAAUGUUUUCAGGGAUUCAGGGAAGUCUUUUUAACUGUAAUUGACAGUUAAAGUUGCGCUCAUGAUAUUUUAGUAUCGGCUCAGAUCGCUAGGAACCUCGCAAGAGCAGGUACUAAAGAAAAAAAAACCAGGUACUAUCACUAAUGGAAAAGCAAAAAAAAAAAGAAAGUGCCGAGUUGAGUCUUGCUUGAACUGUGUAGUGGAAAAGCGCCGUCUGUCCGUCGCCCCCUGGUGGUUAACUGCUACCCCCAAACCACUUCCAAACUGAAAGACUUUGUCCAUUUUUAUAUAUAUAUAUCGUCUAUGACACACUAUAUAUGAUACGUACAUGGAAAGCAUACACAUACAGUGAAAAGAUUAAAAAAACAUGAACAUGCUUGUAUGUAAAACACACACACACACACAUUCCCCUGCCUGCAUUGGUGUAUUUUGUAAAAAGAAAGAAAAAUCAAACAGAAGUUUAAAACUUAACGUGAAACGUCAUUGUAAAAAAAAAAGAGAAAAAAAACAGUUAAAUAAAAGAAAUGUUAAGAUAAAGCUACUGAGAGGUUUUGAUGUUUGUCUGACUAAUCCAGUGAGUAUGUAUAAAUAUUGGAGAAGAACAAAAAAAAAAAUUUGCUUGGAUCGAUUUAAAAAAACAAAAACAAAAGAGAAACAAGAAUAAGCAACACAAUGUGUCUUGGUUUUCAUUGAUGUGAUUUCUAAUCCUUUGAUGUACUUGUUAUUUUUUUUGUUUGUUUUUUUUGUACUUUUUUGGGACUUUGAACUGAGAACAAACGAAAACAUGAUUCAGACAGUUGUUGAAAUAAACCUUUUUAACAUGAA